AUGGCCGCUGAGAAGGUUUGAAAAUAUAGUUCCCUCAAAAACAACAGAUUACAGAUUAAUUUGACAGUACUUUUGGUUUAUACCGCUUGGGAACUAAAGCAGAUAGCAUGUUUAGUAUAAUGGUGAAUUGUUUUACUUGGAUAAAGCGACGUAGAGAACCUAUCAAAAAGGUGACCUUACUGAUGGUUGGAUUGGAUAAUGCUGGGAAAACGUCAACUGUAGCCGAUCUGAAAGGAGAUACUCUUGAUGGCAUUACACCGACUGUUGGAUUCUUGACAUCGUCAGUCGCCUUGUAUAGAUAUAACGUGACUAUAUAUGACAUCGGUGGGGGGUCAAGAAUACGACCCAUAUGGAACAACUAUUUUAGUGAGGCUUAUGGCAUAGUAUUUGUUGUCGAUGCAAGUGACAGACAAAGRCUUCAUGAGACUCGAGACGUUUUACAUGAAUCAAUGAAUAGYGCUAAAAUAUAUGGAAAACCAAUCUUAAUCUUGGCUAAUAAACAAGAUAUAAAAGGAGCAAUGAAAGAAGAAGAAGUGUAUGAACAACUCGAUAUUGAUGGAUUUUCAAAAAGAAAUAAGUGUCAAUGUCAAGUGUAUUCUUGUACUGCUAUUCUUGGGCAAGGCAACAAAAUUGAUCGUCAAAUAAAAAAAGGUUUCCAGUGGUUACUACAGGAAAUAUCUCAAAAUUAUUCAACUCUCUCACAAAGAGUAGAAAGGGAUUAUACAGAGCAGAAAAGAAUAGCAGCAGAAGAAAGGAAAAAAAAGCUUGAAAGAAUAAGAAGGGAAAAGGAAGCAAGAGAAAAGGAAGAACAAGAAGCAGCAGAAAGGGCUGCAAAACAGGAGGACUCUGAUGACGAUGUAGUUGUUGGGAAGAAUCCAAAGAAAAAAGAAACCACACCACCAAAACCAAAGAAAAGAAGCAAAAAGAAAAUACAAGUAAAAGAAGAAAAUUCUUCUGAAGAAUAUGUACAAAAUGAAACACAUCAAGACACCACUGAGCCAAGUAUAGAAGAGAAUAGAACCCCUGCAAGAGGCCGUUUAGCACCCAUCGACCUCGAACCUGCCGAAACAGAUAAGAAAAAGAAGAAAAAGAAAAAAAGAAAGACCAACAAGACUGCUCCUAUCAAUGAUGAAAUGGAGCUCCAAACAAAAAGAAAUAUUUCAGCCUGGGAAGACUCUCACCAUGGUUCUAGUAGCAUGAAUGGGUUUUCUGGUGGCAAAACUAAAAGUCGUGUUUCUCCUAGAAGACUUGAGCCACUCUCGCAUCCUAUUAUAACAGAAUCAAGAACUAUUAACUCAUCUGCUGACGAAGAUAUUGAGGAACCAAGACAUCUUAAACCAAUUCGAACCAAAUCCUGGACAAGAACAAGACCAAAUAGUGAAGACCAAGACAUUAUCACAUAAAUCCUCAAUCAUUUUARCACAAUUUUUAGAUAGAAUCUUUUUUAUAAUAACAUAUUCAAUAGGUAGCCAGAUAUUUUUAAUUGUUAUCAAAUGUAUAAUCUUAUAAAGAUAUGACUUAUUUAUGUAUAGUGUAAAUAUUGGAACUGAAUAUGUCUAUGAAAUAAAAAUACAUGCACAAUUAACAUUUUCAUUUUUCUCU